CCUGCGCUUGGCACGGGAACAUCCUUUUCUUAGUCAAAUUGAGAGUGGUACGGUUGUGUUAGUGACUGAAUUGGGGCACUGAGGGAAAAGCCAGAGUAGUCAUGCAGGACCCUGUUGAGGGCUUAGAUGAGAGAUCAGGGGUUGAAGAAGGUGAAGAUAGCCAACGGAGGCCUGAAGCUCCCGAUGCCCAGGCUAGCUCUCAAAAUUCGGCAACUGAAGGUGACCAUGGCAACGACCCUCAGAGUUGCCCACAAGAUUCUGGGAGACCAGCUGCUCCUAGGACCCCGGCUACCCCUGGAAGUCAGGCUGCUCCAGGCAGCCCCAGCCCAGGGAGUGCUGUAGGGUCUGGAGCAGCAGCUGAAGAGGCAGCUGGCAUUCCUCACAGCGAGCAGGCGACACUUGUCCCUGGGCCCAGCGGAGAUACUGCAUCAACUGGAAAUCGACUCCUGGAGUUCUCUGUAACAGUGCCUUUCAGGACUGCAGUGGAGGCAGACAUGGCACGCAGAUCCCUGGUCGCCAAUGCCCGUCCCCAGCAAGCGAUGGUUCAGCAGGAGUUAACAGUGAAUGACAGUAUCCUGGCUGUUGGAUGGACUACUGAUGACCCUGUCUUCUUCCGGAUUCCAAUCAACACUUUCCUUGACCAGCUCUCCCUGGUGAUGAGAAACAUUCAGCGCCUGGAGUUUGUGGCUGUUGUCAAACGAGGACAAGGAAGAANUCGUGAAUCCUAACAUGUUACCAGAUACAAGAAAAGUCAGAGCGUUUCCUGUUUUGAGUAGUUGUUAUUUUGAACUUAACCUUCAGCGCUGCAAUGCUGUGUGCUCCAUAUCAGUCAGUAUCUUUCAGUUACUGAAGGAAUGCGUGUUUAAAUGUUACUGAACAAAAUA